UUAAUCCAAUCAUGUCAUAAUCCCCACCGAAGCUGUCUUGGAUCAUAUUUGCUCAAAUACAUUGCCAUGCCAUUUUCUACAAUACCAUACACCUCUCUAAUUAGGUGUAGUGCAUCAUUUGGUAACAUUUGUAAUGACGAAUAUAUAGGUUUUAAGAAAUCGUGUAUUUUUGUGUACGAGGUUGUAAGCACUGUAACAAUUUGUUGUUUAAAGGAGGAGAAAUUCAUCACAAAAGGGCCAAACCAUCCGUUGACAAAAAUUCAAUUUUCUCACAAUUAAAAUACAUGUUCUAACUUUUCUGCAGUCGAUAAAAAUGCAUUUCAUAGGUUUUUAGCCUUUCAACACCAGGAUUGCUUAAUUUAUCCCUCUAUAACUCGAUCACAUCCAUUGAAUAAUAAUAAUAAUAAUAAUAAUAAUAAUAAUAAUAAUAAUAAUAAUAAUAAUAAACAACAGGUGGUUAAAGUGUCGAUUGUUAUAGGAAUGACACCAUAGCACAUUUUAUAGACGACAUGAAAUGAUUGAGUAAUCUGAAUCAAUAGACUAUCGGUGUAUAAUGCCACUAGGAAACCCGAACUAUUAAGGGGUCGUUUGGAUGAGGAAUUGUAACGGAUCAAUUUGACACAAUUGUCUCGUUUUGAGACAAUUGUACCAAAUUGCCUCGUUGCCAGCAAAAAAAUUGGAUGGAUCAAUCUGCCUGAGGUAUUUUGAAUUGAUCCGUUUUGAGUCAAUUUCAAUUACCUGGGGUGGGGGCAGGUAAUUCGAAUUGACUCGUUUUAAUUGCCUCGUUUAUAAAACGAGACAAUUGAUCAAAUUGACUCAUUUUUAGAUUGAUCCAUCCAAACGACCCCUAAGAAUGUGUCAUUUGUGUUCUAAAGUAUUCAAUAUGACAUGUGUCCUAAAAUAUUUUUCCGUUAGAGUUGACCAGCGUUGACCGUUAGUAUUUAACAAAUGGCACAUUCUUAAUAGUUCGGGUUAGGACAUAAAUGACACAAAACUAUGAUAGAUUGGGACAUAAAUGACACAAAACUAUAAUAGUUUGGGACACAAAUGCCAUAUUAGAUACUUUAGUACGCAAAUGACACAUUCUUAAUAGUUCGGGUUUUCUAGUGGUAUUAGCCAUUGAUUUAUCAGCCAAACCUGGAUGAUGUUGCAUCUAGGGGUGGAAAUCGGUACUAUAUCGGUAUCUCAAUACCAAAUACCGAAAUCCAGAAUACCGAAUUACACCCUCAAAUCAAUCCCAAUCCCUGAAUAAUUUUGGUAUCCCAAUCCCAAUCCCUAAAUAUUUUGGUAUACCAAUCGGUAUUAUCGAAUACGAAAUUAAUUACCUUUACAAUUAAUAAUUAAAUAUAUAAAUUAAAUCUUAUUGUUUAAUAUAGGAAAAAGAGACUAAGCAAAGAGUUUUGUGUUUGGCUAGACCUAGAAUAUGGAUAAGGAGAAUGGAGGAGAGGUGACAUCUCAAGUUUUUGUCAUUGGUAAUCUUUAAUUUGACGAAUUGCCUGCUGAGAGAAGACUAAAACUAGUGUUUUCUUUUUGAUGUUAUGAAAAUAACAAUAGAUUGUUGGUUGAGGGUCGUGUAGUAGUGAAUGAGAGAGUAUAGUUGAGAGGAUAAAAUACACACUAGCUUAUAUUUCGGUAUUGUUCGAUAUUUUGGUAUAUACUGAUCUCAAUCCCGUAAUUCCUAAUACAGAAUAACAAUUCAAAUUGAAUCACAAUUCAAAUUACAAGAAAUAAUACGUAUAUUCGGUAAUACCAAAUAUAAACAAAUUUGAUACAGUAUUCGGUAUAUCCCAAAUACCGAUACCAAACUUCCAGUCUAACUGCAUUCCCGUUAUUCAAUAAAGCUUGGGGUUUCCCAUAAAUAAAAAAGAUGUCCAUCGAUCUUAAUUCACUUAUUUUUGGCAUUCUCCCAAAGAACCUAUUAAUACCUAACUUGUUUGCAUUGCAAUGGAUACUUUUCAAAUGUCAGUUGUUUGAUUGGUAGCUAGGUUUGGUCGUGUGGGGCAGUCCUAAUUUGUGGGUGUGAAACAGGAAAAAAAAUAUCCCAAUUUUCCAUAGUUUUAAUUAUUUAUUUAUUUAUGCAUGCAUUUUACAUGUUGUUGGUUCUAUGUAGGGCUGCAAAUGAGUCGAGCUGAGCCGAGUUUUACCCCAGUUUGAGAUUGACUCGUUAACAAAUGAGAUGAGUUCGAGCCCGAGCCAUUUAUUAACGAGCCGAGUCGAGUUCGAGCUAGGCUUGUUUACUAAAUUCUUAGAUCAUAUUUAAUACAUUCAUUUUGUAUGUCGUGUAUGGUACAUGUGAUUGAUGUAGCGAUAAAAAAAAUAAUCAAAUGUUCAACAUUAAUUAAUCUUAUAUUAUAAUUUUUAGGUGUCAUAUUGUUUAGUUAAUAAAUUUUAACUAGUUCAAAUCAUGUUAUUUCAAUAGUAUCGAAACAAUUUUUUACAUAAUUUCUUUAUAGAAUUAAAAAUAAGGCAUAUUUUCUUACAUGUUCAACAUGUUAAACUUCACAUGAUGUGAGAUAUAUAAUUUAACAAUCCUAUGAAUUAUGAAAGUCCAAAUUAGAUCGAUUAGUCCAUAAGUCAGUGAUCAAGUUGGCCCUCAAACCACAAUGUUGAGACAUCUCAUGAGCUCUAAAUGAGCCAACUCACGAGUUAAGCUCAACAAGCCACCAAUCGAGCUAGCUCACGAGCUUCACGAGCUGAACAUAACUAGACUCAAGCUUGGCUCGUCAAUAAACGAAUCGAGUUUCGAAAGAGUUUUUCCCAAUUCGAGCCUCGAGUUGCUCGCGAAUAGCUUGGCUCAUUUGCAGCCCUAGUUUUAUGAUGAGAAUGAAUGGUAGGGUCGCUGAAUUAUUUCCUCAUGACUUUUUGUUCUUUCAUUGGAAUUUGUAGGGCCGAUGUCUAUUGUUUUUUCCUCUGUUUGUUUGUUGACAGCUGCUAGACUAUGCAAUUAAGAAUUGGGUCCCUUUGCUUUAUUUUCUUUAGAUGUUUGUUUCGAUUGUCUCACAUCACAAAUGGAUGAUGACCCUUAACUGUAAACCACAAUUAAUUUGUAUAUUGUUUUUAAUGUUAUUGGAAAUUUUUGUGGGGAUAUGCUGAUAUAGGGAAAGCCUAGCCUAACACUAUUUUUGUUAGCAUGGACUAAGAGUAGCUCCAGCCAAUAGAAAUAUUAUGUUUAGAUGAUUUUGCCAUUUAAAUGAGUUUUCCACAAUUAAGGAGGGGAAGGAGGAGGAGGGGCACGCUUGGUAGCAUUAUGAAAAAUUGAGGAAGAGGAGGGGGACCAACAGUCUUUUUUGCAUUAAAUUUAAAGAAGAGAGGGGACCACCGGAGUAGGCCGGAAACUCUUCAAAGUAUGCCAGAAUCUCAAAGCAUGUAAGAACCUCCUCAAAAUAGGUCAGAACCUCCACAAAGUAGGCUGUAAAAAAUAAAAAUUUUAGGUACUAAAAUAUAAUUUUUCAUUGAUAUUUUUUUGGACUCAAAUGUAAAAAAAAAAUUAACUUUAGAUACAAAAUAUUAAUAUCUAUUAAGUUCAUGUACCAAAAGUGUAAUUUCUAAAUGAAAUAUAGAAUAGAAACGUAAAUGGAAGGAAUGGGAAGGAAGAAAGAAUAGUUACUAUAUUACCUUUAUAGUAAGUGUUAGUAUGGGUGUUAGCACUUUGCACCAUAUCCACUCCUUGUUGAUAUAGGUUGGAAAUUACUCGGACGGUAUAUAUUCCAAGGGCUCUUUGAUUUGCAUCCAGCAUGCGGCCUGCAUCAUUAUCCUCCACCAUUCACUAGCUAGUAACAUACUAUACACUCUCACCAAAUAACCUGAUGGGUUACAACCGUAGUCGCCAGAUUCCAUUGUUACUACUUAUCACUCUGCUGUUACGGCAUCAUUGCUUCUUCUUCUUAUUAUUCCCUCCACCCAGUACUACAGCUGCCACUACUACUGCUGGCAGUUAUUACAACAUUAAUGAUCAAGAUGCAACAGCUCUCCUCCAACUCAAAGCCCACAUCACCACGACCAGCACUUCUUCUUCUUCUUCUUCAAAUCAUACUCUCGAUUCCUUGUUCCAAAACUGGACGUCGGCUGCUGCCACCGACGUUUGUAACAGCUGGGCGGGCGUCUCGUGCGGGCGCCGACACAGGAGAGUGAUCUCUUUGAACCUGGCUAGCAUGGGGCUACAGGGGACUCUGCCUCCCCACCUUGGAAACCUCUCCUUCUUGCUCUCCCUCGAUCUCAGCGGCAAUCUCCUUCACGGGGAUCUGCCCAAUGAACUAUCCAAGUUGACAAGAUUGAAGAUCAUCAACCUUUCCAACAACCUGUUUCAAGGUAGCAUCCCGCCGUCGCUUGGGGCUCUGAGUGGUUUAAAGGUCCUGAACUUGGAGGCCAACCGUCUUUCAGGUGGCAUACCAACCUCAGUUUUCAACAUUUCUUCUUUGGAGAGAUUGGAAUUGGCACACAAUAGACUCUCCGGAGGCCUUCCAGAUGAUAUGUGCAAUCAACUUGGAAAAAUCGAGGUGUUGAAUGUGUCUUCUAAUCAUCUGGAAGGUCGAAUUCCAUCGCGAUUGAGACACUGUACCAGCCUUCAGAACUUGACGUUUGCCUCCAAUUGGCUCACUGGACCGAUCCCAAGGAGUAUCGCGAAUUUGACCGCACUCAAACUUCUCUCUCUCGCCUACACCAACUUAACAGGUGAAAUUCCAGUCGAAAUUGGCCAGCUUGAAAGGUUGGAGAUACUUAUGAUGCAGAACAAUGGUCUUUCCGGAGCUAUUACACCCGCCAUAUUCAAUAUUUCCACUCUUCAGGAACUAGAUCUUUCCGAAAAUAAAUUUUCGGGAACUCUGCCACAAAAUUUGUUUAUUCCUGCACAAAACCUCCGCAAAUUAAAAUUCCAUGGUAAUCAAGUAAGCGGUCAGAUUCCUGCGAGCAUCGGAAAUUGCAGCAUGAUAAAGGAAUUCCGUAUACGCAAUAAUAAUAUGACGGGUAAGUCUAUAUUUAUUAUUCUUGUGCUUGCAAGUUUGAUGUUCCUUGGCGGCCAUAGUCCCAAAAAUUAUAUUAUAUAUUACCCAUAUAUAUGUCAAUGAUGACUGUCAAAUCACUAUAUCAUGAAAAUGAUGUCAAAUCAUUUGGGUCAAGAUAGAUAUUUGAAAACGUAUGGACAGUCGGACUGCGAAACCUUUAUAAGGUCCAAUUUUUUGUUUUCUUAUUCUCCAAGGAUGAAUUAACGGUUGAUAUUAAGGUAGACUGAAAAAGUGAGAAUAAAAAAACCAUAAUAAAAACCAGUUUAUACUAGUUUCCUAUGUGAAAUGAUUCGAUCAGGGUACUAAUUUAUAUAUGCUAAUUUUAACAAAAUAAUUACAUAACACAACCUAUAUUUAUGAAAAGUCUUUAUUUCAAGCUUUUCACUACUCGAAUACCAUGUCUCAACUUAAAAUACGCCGAUGCUCUUAAACACAAUCAAAACAAAAAUACGAACUCGAGAUCGAUUUACGUGGUUUCUCAGUGUUGUACGUUGAGACUAGUCAACGGAGAGAGAGCUUCUCAAAGUCAAUCUUAUUCUCAAGCAAGAAGUAGCAUACACGUCUUACGCAACUCGGCUGAAUCAACACAUCUAUAUACCAGCCGAGCAACCCUAAUCCCAAGAAUUAAGCUAAUAAAGGAGGUUAAAUGGUUAAUUACACAAGAACACAUGAACUUCAAAAUCCUCUCCCAAAUUGAUGAUGCUUACGCAACAUCAAUUUGUGUGCCAAAAAGCAAUUAUGAGCUUUGGCAACUGCUUGGCUAACAAGUCCGCCAUUUGAUCUCCAGAGGAGAGCUCUAUAAGUCCAUCAACAACCAACUGCCCCAAAUUUAGUGAACAUGAACUUCAAUAUGCUUUAGCACGAUUGUGAAGAACCAGAUUUGUCGCAAUUCGAAUGGAACUAGUAUUAGUAGUGCACUACCACAUGGGUAGAUGACAAGCAAUCACAAACUCAGUAACCAAGCGACCAAUCCAAACAAGCUAAGAAGUCACUUCAGUCAAUGGUUCAGGAAACCAGAUCAUACCUGCCAGUUCAAACGGGAAAUCCGGAAACCGAACAAAAAAAAGAAACGCCAUGCAAUUUGUGGAAGAAAAAGCAUAUCGGCCAAUUUUUCCGGGGUAUAGGUUUCAAUAACCCUGAAUUUCAUCCGGUAUUGAACGAACCAACGGUUCUGUGGUAGCAGGUCAAACGCUGUCUUUUCCAGUUUCAACCAAACAAAAAUUAAAUGUGGGAAAAACUAAAUCAGCGGAGGAGCAAAACCCUAUUCCAUUCAAUUUAGAGGUGGCAAUUUCAAUCCAAUUCACCAAUCCAAUCCAUCAAUCCAUUAAAAAUAUCCAAUUAAUCCAAUCCAUUUAAAUCAAAUUCUUUUUAUCCAAAUCCAAUUGGAUUGGUGGAUUCAUGGAUUGGAUCCAUGGAUCAUUGGCAAAUUACGGUUUAGUACCUAUAAUUUUUAUUUUUUACAUUUUGGUACCUAAAAUUUAUUUUUUUAUGCAAAAAAUAUCAUUGGAAAAUUACGUUUUGGUACCUAAAAUUUUUCAUUAUGACAUUUUAGUACCUAAACUUUUUAUAUUUUACAUAUUGGUCCUUGGUUGAGGAUGUCAUUUGGAUUCAUGGAUAAUCCACCAAACCACUUGAUCCAAUCCAUUAGAUCCAAUCCAUUAGAUCCAAUCCAUUUCAUCCAUGGAUCCACAAAUCCAAUCCAUUUGCCACCUCUAAUUCAAUUCAAUCUCAAUUCUCGACCUACUUUCUCUCCACUCCAUCGUCCAGCUUGCAUAGCUCUUCUUCAUGUGAGAUCGAGACCCCCAUUGUUCUCCAAUCCAUCAUCCAGCUCGAGCUGAGUGCUCAUGGAUCCCUCUCUUAUCCCGAGUCCUAGCCGACGUCGCCGGUGUUCUCCUGGCCGCCAUUGUUUAAGAAGAGGAAGAGGAAGAGAAAGAGAGAGAGACAGAUGAAUGAUCGGGGGAGAAGAAGAGAGACAACGGAAAAUAAACAAGAGAGGGAGAGAGAGAGAGAGAAAGAGGCGUACAAGACUAAAAGAUAAAGGGAAAAAAGUAAU